GCCUCUUCCUCACAGAAAACCCUGUUUCCAACUCUGCCAUCUUCUCACCAACCCCUCUCCCUUCCUUGCAACACUCGUAAUCACUUCACCAUUGUUAACUCUGAUAUCCCAAGAUUCAACCCAGCUCAUCAACCACCUUAGUGCACAUCAUUUUAUAGUACCAACCUCUCUCUAUUUUCCCACGUUCAGAAAACUCAAGCAGCAGCCAUCAUGAUCUCCUUAACGAAAUGCUCAGCGUCAUCGCUCACCUGUUCUUCUUUCUCAACCAGAAAACUUCCCCCAGCAAAGCCUCAAGUUCUCACAUUACCAGCCAUUAACAACGUUGAACAAAGCACGAGUCCCUCUCGGUUGUGCUCCCAGAAACCGCUCUACCUUUCAUCCACAGAAAGCUUGGCAUUGGUGAAGAGAAAGAGGGUGACGGAGUGCCAGGCCUAUGAGGCUGACAGGUCACGCCCCAUAGAGAUUAACAUUGAGCUGCCGGGUGAAGAUGCUGCUCAGAGGGCGAAGAUUGGGAUGUAUUUUGCCACCUGGUGGGCUUUGAAUGUGGUGUUCAACAUCUACAAUAAGAAGGUUUUGAAUGCUUUUCCUUACCCCUGGCUCACCUCCACUCUCUCCCUUGCUGCCGGCUCCCUCAUGAUGUUAAUCUCCUGGGCCACCAGAGUUGCUGAAGUCCCCAAAGUUAACUUUGAUUUCUGGAAGGCCUUGUUUCCUGUUGCGGUGGCACACACAAUUGGGCAUGUGGCUGCAACUGUGAGCAUGUCCAAGGUUGCUGUCUCUUUCACUCACAUCAUCAAGAGUGGAGAGCCUGCUUUCAGUGUCCUGGUGUCAAGGUUCUUGCUUGGGGAAGCAUUCCCAAUGCCGGUCUAUCUGUCACUGUUGCCAAUCAUUGGUGGUUGUGCGCUAGCUGCUGUGACCGAACUCAAUUUCAAUAUGAUUGGCUUCAUGGGGGCUAUGAUAUCCAAUUUGGCAUUUGUCUUCAGGAAUAUAUUCUCAAAGAAAGGAAUGAAGGGGAUGUCUGUUAGUGGAAUGAACUACUAUGCCUGUCUUUCCAUAAUGUCUCUGUUGAUCCUCACACCUUUUGCCAUUGCUGUGGAAGGCCCCAAGGUUUGGGCUGCAGGCUGGCAAUCAGCUGUGUCAGAUUGGUCCAAAUUUUGUAUGGUAAGUACAUCUACAGUCUUCGAUAGAAGGUGGGUAGCUGCUCAGAGUGUCUUCUACCACUUGUACAAUCAAGUCUCUUACAUGUCUCUCGAUCAGAUUUCUCCCUUGACAUUCAGCAUUGGAAACACAAUGAAGAGAAUUUCGGUCAUUGUCUCUUCUAUUCUUAUCUUUCACACCCCUGUUCAGCCCAUCAAUGCUCUUGGUGCUGCCAUUGCAAUUCUUGGCACCUUCCUCUAUUCACAGAGGAGAGCCGAAAAUAUAGUCCUUGAGAAAAUAUCAAUUCCCCUUGAUGACAUCCAGCCACUAUGGUCGGUAUGGGUUGUUUUUGUUUGUUUGCAAUUAAGUAUUUGUUACUCCACAUUCCCUCAAACACACUCAACAUACAACAUGGAACUUCCACUCCUAUCACUCUUUGCACUAAGCUUCUCUCUCACCAUUCUCUUCGGAUGGGUUGCUGCUGAUUUUCUAUCCCUCAACCACAACCACCAUUCACCUUCGUCUCCAUUUCCACCAAACUUUCUUUUCGGAACUGCCUCUUCGUCCUAUCAGAUUGAGGGAGCUUACUUGACUGAUGGAAAGGGGCUAAAUAACUGGGAUGUUUUCACUCACAAGCCAGGAACUAUAACUGAUGGAAGUAACGGCGAUGUUGCCGAUGAUCAUUACCAUCGUUAUAAGGAAGAUGUGGAUCUUAUGGAGGACAUUGGAGUCAACAGUUAUCGCUUCUCAAUAUCAUGGGCCAGAAUUCUGCCCAAGGGGAGAUUCGGCAAAGUGAAUUGGGCUGGCAUUGAUUACUAUAACAGUCUAAUUGACACACUUCUCUCAAGAGGAAUAGAACCUUUUGUCACAAUAUCACAUUAUGAUAUUCCUCAAGAACUUCAGCAAAGAUAUGAAGGUUGGCUAAGUCCUGAGAUUGAGAAGGAUUUCAAGUAUUAUGCAGACAUAUGCUUCAAGAACUUCGGUGACAGAGUGAAAUACUGGAUCACAUUUAAUGAACCAAAUGUUGCAUUUAUUUGUGGCUAUAGAAAAGGGUUAUGGCCUCCUGGUCGUUGUUCUGGUUCAUUUGGGAAUUGCACCUGCGGUGGGGACUCAGAAAGGGAACCUUUAAUUGCAGGUUCUAACCUUCUCUUAUCCCAUGCCACUGCUGUUCAUCUCUACAGAACCAAAUAUCAGAAAACUCAAGGAGGGAGAAUUGGUGUUACCAUGAAUACUAAAUGGUUUGAACCCAUCAGCAACUCCUCAGAAGACAAGAAAGCUGCGGAGCGAGCUCAAUCAUUUUACAUGAAUUGGUUUUUGGACCCACUUAUCCUAGGGGAGUAUCCAAGGGAGAUGCGUGAAAUAUUGGGAGAAUAUCUCCCACCACUCCCAUAUAAGCUGGGAAAACUGAAGCCUGCAAUAGAUUUCAUUGGAGUAAACCACUAUACUAGUUACUUUGUAAAGGACUGCAUCCACUCAGUGUGUGAACCGGGAGACGGGUCCACAAGGACAGAAGGUUUUGCUCUAACAUCGCCUAAAAUGAAUGGCAUUAGCAUUGGAGAACCGACUACACUUGAGUGGUUGUAUGUUUACCCACAAGGCAUGGAGAAGAUUGUCACUUACAUUAAGGAGAGGUUCAACAAUAUACCAAUGUUCAUUACUGAAAAUGGAAUUGGGAUGAAAGAGAACCCCAACCUCACCACUAAAGAAAUGAUCAAUGACGUGGAAAGAGUGGAGUACUUGCGUGCUUACUUGGAUUCCUUGGCAACAGCAAUAAGGAAAGGAGCAGAUGUUAGAGGGUACUUUUUGUGGUCUUUUCUUGACAACUUUGAGUGGACACAUGGAUCGUCAAUAAGGUUUGGACUUCAUCGUGUGGACUAUGAUACUCUCGACAGAACUCCAAGAAUGUCUGCUUCUUGGUACAAAAACUUCAUUGCUCUUCAUGCCUCUGGCCGCCUUGCCACCAAACCUCCACAUACUCAAGAAUGACAAAGAAUCAAUGGAAUGGUAUAUAAUUCCUUCUGUUUAUAUUGUGAUAUGUCUUGCUGUACCUCGUUAAUUUU